CGAGAUUCACGAACGACUUGCUGGCCAAUUAGCUGGCUAGACACUCAAAAGUCACAGGGGCGCGGCGUGGCAGAAUUACAACAGCUGUUGGUUGACCGAGUACUGCGAACCGAGCACCGAGCACGAUUUCCGAGCGGCAAGGCAAGCACACUGUAGCAUUGCAUAUUGCACUGAAAGCUGCCGAGCCAAAAAGCUGCACCUGCACUUGCACAGUGCACUCUGCCAGCAAACGAGACGGACCGGACAGAGCAGACGGAGGAGCUACUUAGUGGCGCAGCAGGAAAGGGUUUCGCUUCCAGUACCAGUAUCAGCAUCAGCAUUAGCCACAGCAUCGGCAGUGGAAUAGCAGCAAUAGCAAUAGCCAGAAGGCAAACGCACAAGCAACUAUCAAAAGGAACUCCUUGAGCGAUGUCUUCGCGGAUGUUCAAGUUCGGCGUGACUGCCACCAGUGCAGCCGUGGGCUCAGUGCUAGCCGCCUGGAGCCUUGACCACUGGAACACCCCCCGCGUGGUGAACAAUGCUGCGGUGGCACCGCCAAAGAGGAAGCGCACACUGCCCAUGCGGUCGGAGCAGAUCAGCUCCCUGAUGAGCGGCGAGGAGUUCGAUGUGCUGAUCAUCGGUGGCGGAGCCACUGGCGCCGGGUGUGCCCUCGACUCGGUGACACGAGGUCUGAAGACGGCUUUGGUGGAACUGGACGAUUUCGCCAGUGGCACCUCGUCGCGCUCCACCAAGCUCAUCCACGGUGGAGUGCGGUACCUGCAGAAGGCAAUUCUGGGCCUAGACCUUGAGCAGUACCGGAUGGUGAAGGAGGCUCUCCAGGAGCGCGCCACCAUGCUCGAAUCGGCACCCCACUUGACCCAUCCGCUGCCCAUCAUGCUGCCUGUUUACACGUGGUGGCAGGUUCCGUACUACUGGGUGGGCAUCAAGGCCUACGAUUUGGUGGCUGGUGACCGCAACGUGAAGAGCUCCUACUACCUGUCCAAGAAGGACGCACUGGAGCUGUUCCCUAUGCUCAAGAAGGACAAACUGUGCGGCGCCAUCGUGUACUACGACGGACAGCAGGAUGACGCCCGUAUGUGCCUGGCCGUGGCCCUGACGGCCGCCCGGCACGGCGCCACCGUCUGCAACCACGUGGAGGUGAAGGAGCUGCUGAAGAAGGACGACGGCACCGGCAAGCAGGUGCUGUGCGGUGCCAAGGUCAAGGACCACAUCUCCGGCAAGGAGUUCACCGUGAAGGCCAAGUGCAUUGUGAACGCUUGCGGCCCCUUCACGGACUCCAUCCGCAAGAUGGACAAUCCCACGGUGAAGAGCAUCUGCUGCCCCAGCUCCGGCGUGCACAUCGUGCUCCCCGGCUACUACAGCCCCGACCAGAUGGGCCUGCUCGAUCCCUCGACCUCCGACGGACGCGUUAUCUUCUUCCUGCCCUGGCAGCGACAGACGAUCGCCGGCACCACCGACCUGCCCUGCGAUAUCACCCACAACCCCAUCCCCACCGAGGACGAGAUCCAGUUCAUUCUGAAAGAGAUCAAGAACUACCUGAAUGCGGACGUAGAGGUGCGACGCGGCGACGUCCUGUCUGCUUGGAGCGGCAUCCGGCCGCUGGUCUCCGACCCCAACAAGGACGACACCCAGUCCCUCGCCCGUAACCACAUCGUCCACGUCAGCCCCUCCAAUCUCAUCACCAUUGCCGGCGGCAAGUGGACAACAUAUCGCGCUAUGGCCGAGCACACCAUCGAUGCGGCCAUCAAGGCCUGCAAUCUGAAGCCGGAGCGGGAGGAGGCCGUUACCUCCUUCCUGAAGAUUGAGGGCGGCCAGGGCUGGACACCGACCAUGUACAUCCGCCUAGUGCAGGACUUUGGUUUGGAGUGCGAGGUGGCCCAGCACUUGGCCAAGUCGUACGGCGACCGCGCCUUUGCCGUCUCCAAGAUGGCCUCGCUGACGGGCAAGCGCUGGCCCAUCAUCGGCAACCGCAUCCACCCCGAGUUCCCCUACAUCGACGCCGAGAUCCGCUACGGCGUGCGCGAAUACGCCUGCUCGGCCAUCGACAUGAUAGCACGCCGGCUACGACUGGCCUUCCUCAACGUGCAGGCGGCGCAGGAGGCGCUUCCCGUGAUCGUGGACAUAAUGGGCGAGGAGCUGCAGUGGUCCAAGGAAGAGAAGGAGCGCCAGAUCAAGCAGGCCACCGAGUUCUUGGCCAACGAGAUGGGACACUCUGUGAACCGCACCUCCAAGGAGCGCAUACCGAUUAAGCUGUCCAAGGAGGAGAUCCAGACCUACAUCAAGCGCUUCCAGCUGAUCGACAAGGACAAGAAGGGCUAUGUCUCCAUCAACGACAUCCGCCGCGGCCUCAAGACCUUCGGCGAGGGCGACGUCUCCGGCGAGCAGCUGCACGAGAUCCUCCGCGAGAUCGAUACCAACAUGAAUGGCCAGGUGGAGCUCGACGAGUAUCUACAGAUGAUGUCCGCGAUCAAGACGGGCGACGUGGCCUACUCCCGGUUUGCCCGCAUGGCCGAGCUGGAGGAGCAGAAGCAGGAGGCUGCCAGUAUCAAGCAGAAGAAGAUUAGCGUGGACCGCUCUGGCGGCGGCUUGUAAGCGCGCGACUUAAGAACGACAACGACGACAUCCCCAGUCCACUCCCUCACCACCUUCUAGAGCAACGUUUUAGGUUUAAGAUCGGAGAUCGAACUUCUUUUUAUUUUGCCGUUAAUAAAACUCUUUCAACUCUCA